AUGGCAUUUGAAGCAGAAAUAGGUGUUAAUAAGCACAAGCUUAUGUGGUCUAAAUCGAUUGCAUCACUAGCGAGUAUAGCAGAAACAAUCACUUUUAGUAUUACAAAGGAUUCUUUAUCAUUAUCAACCAACAAUCUUACCAAGACCACACAUGCUGAGAUUAUCUUCAAGAAAUCAUUUUUCAGCACAUAUUCUGUUGAUUUUAAAAAUAUACUUCCAGAAGGGUUUAAUGAAGGAAGGGUGGAUUCAGAACUGACAUAUUCAUUUCUUGUGAAUUCACGUCAUUUAACUACCGUGUUUAAAGGUUUGGAUUCAAACAGCAUGAAGUACGCGUGUAUUAGAAUUAACUGGUCACAAGAAGCACCAAUAAAUCUGAGAUACAAAUUAUUCAUUGAAAUGAAGACCAAGAAACUUAUUGUCAAAAAAUUCCAAACGAGUUAUGUUCCAGCGACAAAACACAAUAUUAGAGUUGCAAGUGUUUACAAGGAUGCGUUGUAUGCACAAAAGGAGGACAAUUUUGAUGAACCAAAUAGAAUCAACCAUAUUAUGAUCGAUCAAGUUAUACCUAAACAAUUUCUAGAAAUGGUACCAGCAUCUGCAGAAGAUUUCAAAAUAGAGAUUAAGUCUGAUAGAGUACUGUUUUCUGGGUACACCAAACAAAUCAUAAAAGACAGAGACUAUUUGAAGCAACCAAUGGCAGUAACAGUCACAAUAAGUCUUGAGGAAUUGACUGACACCAAUCUUCUUCUGUUGAAUCCAAAUGAUAAACCAAUUAGUAAGAUGAUCAAUUUUGGUAUGCGUGAUUUCAAAAACUUUUUGAAUCUAGUUAGUUUUUUCAAUUCUUCAACUUCGUAUUCCGAACAGCUUGAUGAGGAUUUCAUCACUGUUGCCAACAAUGAUUACUUUCAUAUGUUUUUCAGGAAUCCAGGUGAUCCUAUCUUGUUUGACUUGCAAAACAACCAACACAUGGAGGUACAAUACAUCCAGAUCACCUCAGAAGAUAAAACCGAGAUGAAUGCCAAGGAAAUUAACGCUGAUACAUUAAAGAAGGAUUUACUAAUAGAAGGCUCCGUGCCACAGAAGGUGGACAACGACUCGGUGGACCAAUCUAGGACACCAAGCUUGAUAAAACCUAUUGGAAGUACUACAUUUGGAAAGCCGACAAUUGCUAGAAUUCCCACUACUUCAGAGAGCGGUAUAUCCCAGAAUGAUCCAUCACAAUCAUAUGCUGUAGGUAUAACCUACGAACAAGAGUCAGAGGAAAGACAGAUCCCCGCAGGAGUAACCAAGACGGGUGACGAAACAGAUUACAGUGAUGAAACAGAGGAGGACGAAGAUGAAGGGCCACCAAGAAAAAGAAUGCUAAUAUCAGAUGAAUUAGGACCGACACAGUUGACAAAUAAAGCAAAGUCCAUCUUUUAA